AACAUCGUGAGCGCGUUCAAAUAGUUCAUUCGUUCCUGUCGCAGCUGCUGAAUGUGUAAGCAGGGCCAGGCUGUUGCCAGUUGUGUUCGGUCUUGUUAAUGGCCAACGCGAAUGCGGGCGGGUGUAAAAGAAAAAAAAAAAAUGCUGAGUGCAUGUUAACCGUGUGCGCAUUUUGUUUUUGUUUCCAUCUAUGCCAAGCCAGUGCGGUGCAUAGCGUGAUAAUUCGUAGGCAACUAAGCAAAAACCGAGUGAUUAUUUUGUUGUUUUUCUUUAGUUUCUAUAUGAUAUUUUUGCGUUGGAAAUAUCAAACGAAGUGAAUUCGAAAGUGUAAAUAUAGAUUAAUUCUUGAGUAUAGAACACAUAUGGCUUAUAUACGCACACUCGCCCACAUGAAAGCGCAUAUAAGAGAAAUGUUAAAAGUGCAAACAUUUUAAGGCUAUAGAAAGUGUAAAAUAAAAUCAAAUUGAUAUGCUGAAUGUCCAAUUGUCAAAAAAUGCAAGCAAGCAAGAUUUAUGUGAUAAAAGUGCAAAAUAAUAUGGGUUACAGACCCUGCGGCCAACAGCUUUAGCUGCAGCGAUAAAUAAAUGCGGAGUAAAUGAACGAAAAAUUGUUUAAAUAAGAAAAUGUAAAACCAGCAGAAAACAAGUAAUCCACUGUAAAUCAACCAAAGAAUCUACAAGUCGGUAUUUAUUAAGGAUCAUCGUGAUAAAUCUAGGAGCUAAGGACGCUACAUUAACAAACCACAUCUACAAAAUAAUUAGUAACAACACAAAUAUUUACAUAAAUUACACAAAUGACUGUCAACGGGUUGCUGGGACGAUCAGUGUUGACUGAAGGAUCUCGAUCGAAUCGACGCUCCUUGAUUUCGCUUAUAGUGGGACUGGUUGUCGGUUUCUGUCUUGCGGAAAUGUUCAUAAUGUCGUCGCCUUCGCGUCCCGAAUAUAUGCCAUAUGCCGGCCACCAACAUGGUGACGCCAACGAUGCGCACAACAGCCACGAUAUGCUGGGCGAGGAGGGGCCCGAAGCGGAUGUUGGCUCUCAUCAGCACGCAUUCGAAAAUAACAGCUUAUCGACAAAAUUAUACAACGAGGCGCGCGUGUUGUGUUGGAUCAUGACAAAUCCGAAUAAUCAUAAAGCAAAGGCGCGACAUGUGAAGCGAACGUGGGGGCGACGUUGUAAUAAGCUUGUGUUCAUGAGUUCUCAGAAGGAUGAAGAAUUAGGCUCGAUAGCAUUGCCGGUGCAGGAGGGACGCAACAAUUUAUGGGCGAAGACGAAAGAAGCGUUUAAGUACAUUCACGCUCACUACUUGGACGAGGCCGAUUGGUUCUUUAAGGCGGACGAUGACACAUACGCUGUCAUGGAAAAUAUGAGGCACAUGCUAUAUCCUUACUCGCCGGAGAGUCCCAUUUACUUUGGCUGCAAAUUCAAAAUGUUUGUGAAACAGGGUUAUAUGUCCGGUGGUGCUGGCUAUGUACUCAGUAAGGAGGCGGUACGCCGCUUUGUCGAGAAAGCCAUACCGAAUAAGAAACUCUGUAAACAAGACGGCACUGGUGCAGAAGAUGCCGAAAUUGGCAAAUGUUUGGCGAAUGUAGGUGUAACCGCUGGCGAUUCACGUGAUCAGCAUGCACGUGGCCGUUUCUUCCCAUUCGUGCCGGAACAUCAUCUAAUACCUUCGCAUGUAAAUUCAGAUUUUUGGUAUUGGAAAUAUAUUUACUACAAAACCGAUGAGGGCUUGGAUUGCUGUUCGGACACAGCCAUUUCCUUCCAUUACGUAACGCCGAACCAAAUGUAUGUCUUAGAUUAUUUGAUAUAUCAUUUGCGACCAUAUGGCAUUAUCAAUGCACCCGAACCGCUGCCCGAACGUUUGAAAGUGGGAGAAACGUUGCCACCUCCUGUAGAGCCGGCGGAGCCUGAACGUACCGAAAUAGUCUCAACAUAAAAGGAAGCUUACGCAUUAGUUCGUAUACAUAUAAGUACAUCAGUAUAAAAAAGUGUGUUAGCAUACAGAAAAGUAGAUCGU